CUCCGCAGGAUUUGAUGCUCUUGAAAAUAUCCUGGAUGUCAUUCUCAGACUCUGUUUUCCACCAUUCUGGAUCUGUGGAGAAGGAACAGUGGAGCAGCCUAGCACGAUGAAGGUUGGGCACGUGCUUUCGCGUUUUCGUGAAUACCCCACACGAAAGUCCACCCUCACCUUUUACGUUCACCACGCGAUGGACGAACUAAGUCACACAACAACCACGAGAUGAUCUCUACUCACAUUUGACAUCUACAGUAAUCUAGAUGUCGUUGUUUGGUGGUGACAGCAGCGCGCCGCCAACUGAAUCUGAGUACGAAUCUGGUUCAGACAACCCACCAUCCUCCGUCGAGCAGUCGCCGCCCACCACAGAAUUGCGAAGUCCUUCAAGCGCGCAAAUCCCGCACGAUGUUCACGAACCGCUAGCAGAAGAUGUAGUCGAGGAACUGGCCGGCAACAACGCAGACAGCGAAGAAUCUGACGACGAAGAACCAGAACGACCCAACCGAUUCAAAGGGCCACCGCAGACAUGGAGAGGUUACACUGCAGUAGAUCGCCAGAUCACUGAGUCACUUCAGCAGCUCGAGGACGCCGAUCUUGCCGCCCACCUCUACAAUGCGCACGCUUUGAAGCGCCGCGUGCGUAAGCCUGCAUACGCGCUCUCGACGCUCAAAAAUUGGCAGAACAAGGACGCUUGGCUGAAGCAGGGGAAGGAGUUACAACACAUAGAUGCUGCAGGGCAGUUGCAGACGGAGCUGAUCCCCGCGAAGGACUGGACGGCGUGGCCAUUGCCUCCUGCCUCGCUCUACACUCUCACCAAUGGAUUCAGAAGGGCUGCAGUAGCUCCAGAAGAAGAUGAAUGGGUCAUCGGUGGCAACGGGACACAAGACCCAGGAGAGGAGUUGAAAGAAGAGAUGUUGGGUUUGUUCGUACGACUGGCGAAGGACAACUGGAAUGCGAAGGAUUGGCAAGGUGUUGGUCAGCAGAGCACGAGGAUGAGAGCGCUAUCAGGAGCAAGACUUCGUUCGCAGGGUGUCCACUCCGAUGUCGAGCUGAACGAUGGCAGUGGAGACGAAUCUAGAAGUGCCGAAGGAAAAGUGCCACAGGAGGGCGGAGUGAAGCGUGGAAGAAAACCUCAGAUGGAGGUGAACUUCAAGCCGGUUGUUCUUGCAGACGAUGCGAAAGCCCAGAGACUGUUGCGACCGACGAUCGCUUCUAUGCUUAGUAAGCUGGAUGAUGUUGCGUUAGCUUUGCAGCGGACCCGCCUCAAUCACUUUGGUCGCGGGGGUUUUGGCGAAGGGUCAUCUCAGAGCGAGUUCACAACAGACGCAGAAACAACGGAGCGAGAAUCUCGUUCCAGAUCGCAGUCUCAAGCAAAGAGUGCACCCCGAAGUAAGCCAAUAACACGCCAAUCGUCACGUCCCUCUUCUAGUCGUGCCAGUCGCGCUCCGAAGUCCCCGAUAAAGCCUUCAAACCCCACAGUAGAGCCUGAAGACAGCGACUCAGCUUCUGAUUACGGCGCACAGUUCGGUAAAGAAGACAUCCCUGACUCAGAGGCGUCUCGUAGCCCUACAACGCGUCGAAAGCGGAGCAGAUCAGAAAGCACUGCUGACGAAGAGGGCGUGUCGAAUACACGCGAUUGGUCACGAGCAGGUCUUAUGGAUUGGAGCGAAGUUUUGGGAAUCGCAGCUGUAAAAGGCUGGGAUCAGAAGGCUCUCGCGCGGACCGCAGAGCGUUGCGCAGCAUGGUUUGGGGAGAGUAUGUCGUUCAUUCCCUUCCACGAAGAUCUUGCCACCAAAUCCGCUGCAGUACCUAUACAGUACACACCAUCCUCCAUUCUAGCACCGGAGCCAUCGAUCAUUGGUGCACCUCUCCCCAGGAAAAGACCAUAUUGGCAAGCAGGUGCAAUACGAUGUCCACAUACUGAUUGUUAUGGGCAUCAUAAGGAUUUCGAGAUGUCGUAUCGUGUCAUUGAGCACUGUAUGAGGAUCCACGGCUACGAUCCUCGAUUUAACGACUCUGACAACGAAGAGAGAACACACGGAGGAGUCCAUAUAGAUGGAUUCUUGCAGCCUAUUACGGCGAAGCAAGGAUGGCUGGGCCAUGGAAGGUCAAAGGCAGGAGGCAAGAAAAGGAAGACUGAAGAGGCCGAUCAUGCAGAUGCCACGGCUGCAGUGGCAUCGAUUGAGGAAGAAGAGGCGUUAUGAUAUACCCACAGAAGCUAUGAAGCAAAC